AGAUGGCGCAAUCGCUUUGAUUUCCUUGUCAAAAAAGCACGUUUUGGGUAUUAAAAAACUCGAUUUUCGCCGGUUACAUUCCCAACUCAAAAUGAACAAUAUUCUAAAAGUGGCGCUCAGAUUGAACGGCCUCCGAUCGAUUUUGAAUCCCGUUAAAAACAAUGCGUACUCCUCGGUAAAUCAGCAAAGGCAAUUCGCCAGGAAUUUGUGGUACAUGAGCAACUCCCAAAAUCACACGGGUUUCUUCAAAGAAGUAGAACACAACCAGUUAUGUAGCUGCGGAUGCGGUAACAAGAGGGGUUCUCACACUAAAGCCGAAAAGCAGUUGAUCGAGUUCCUCACCGAAGAAAUACUGGCCGAAAGGAAAGCUCAAAAAGUUAAAACCAUCCCGUCUGAGAUCGAUGGCUUCAAAGCGAGCCUGAAGGGAGCUGAAGUUACUUUAACCAAAGAUGCCGGUGAGGAAAAAAUUAAAAUAACAUUCAACGUGAACCACAGCGUUGAUACCGAUAUUGAGCCCGAAGUAAGCGAGAAAAUGGAUAAGCCGGAACUCGGGGAAUUGAAAUCUAAACCCGGAUUUAAAGUGGAACUAAUCAGAGAUAAAACGACUGUUAGCCUCUUAUGCUCGUUCGUUGUUAGCGAUGAAGAUCAAUACAACCAAGAAGAAGCUUACAAUGAUGUGUUCAGUAUUGAUGAAAUUAGUAUUUACGAUGGAGAAUGGAAUGAAAACAUUUACUCAGCAUCCGGGGAAGUCUUGGACACGUAUUUGUACGAUCUGCUGAUGAAUUACCUGGAAGAUAAAGGAAUCUCCAAUGAAUUCGUGGAGAAACUCUCGAAUUUCAGCACAGCUUACGAACACUCUGCAUAUAUCGGGCUUCUAGAAGGCCUUUCCAAAUUCGUCUCUCGAAAAUAAGUCUCGUAUUCUGUUAAUAUCUUUGUUAAGUCAUUCAGUUUAUAUUAAAUAUUAUUAAGAACAUAUUGUUUUUUGCAUAAAAGUAGAGUAUU